UCUCUAGCUAGAAGUGACUGAAGCACACCACUAAAACUCUGAAACUUCUUCAUUUUCUACUUGGCAGUGGGUGUACCAAGUAAAACUGGAGAUUCUAUAAGGAUUUAGAAUUUUCUAGGACGGAUUUUCUGUUUUUACAGUACAUGUUGCUGUAACGACUUGGCACGAAUCAGGACAUUCCUAAAAUGCAGCAACCAGUGAUGGAAGAAGGCGCGGCUUACGAGCCUUCCAUUAGUUACGAUGAUCUUUUUCCAGCAUUACCUGAAUCAGCUCCUUCAAAUCAAAGCAGUAAUACAAUUGGACAGUGGAGCAACAACAAGAUGAGAGUUGGAUCAUCCACUAUUACUCAAGUGUUCAGAGUUCCUUAUGAAGAACGAAGACUGGAUGGCCAAAAAUUUGGAGAAGGUGAAUCUAACCAUAUAUGCGGUAACAUUAUGAGAGAAACUGGAGCCCACAUUGAGAUUUCGCAUGCCAAAGACCAAUCUCUGACGUUUCUUAUAACUGGAAAACAAAACGAAGUACUUGAAGCUAGAAGGAAAAUUUUGACACAUUUCCAAACUCAGGCAAGUAAACAAAUAUCAAUUCCAAAAGAACACCACAGAUGGAUUUUGGGUAAGAAGGGAGAUCGUUUGAGAGAUUUAGAGAAAAAUACAGCCACCAAAAUUUCUGUACCACCGAUGAAUGAGAAUUCUGAUGUUAUCACAAUAACUGGUACAAAAGAAGGUAUCGAGAAAGCUGAACAUGAAAUCAGAGUGACUUCUGAUCAACAAUCCAAAAAGGCAUCAGAACGUUUGGAUAUUCCCAAACAUUUCCAUCCUUUCAUCACCGGUCCAUAUAAUUCAAAUCUGAAUAGUCUGAUUGCCGAAACUGGCGCUAGAAUUAAUGUUCCACCUCCGUCUGUUAUGAAGGAUGAAAUUUUUAUUGCGGGUGAGAAAGAAGGUGUUCUGGCUGCAAAAGCUAAAAUAGAGGAAAUCUACAGACAAAUUGAAAAGAAAUCUACAACUGUAUCAGUGGAAGUCUCCAAGUCUCAGCACAAAUACAUUAUUGGCCCCAAAGGAGCUACAAUCCAGGAUAUACUCAAGACUACAGGUGUUAGUGUUGAAAUGCCACAGAGUGAUUCGACUUUGGGUACCAUUACGCUCCGUGGUCCUCAUGACAAGCUGGGUCUCGCCUUAGGAGUAGUUUAUGAGAAAGCUAAUUCUGUUCGAUCAAGUGAUAUUGAUGCUCCUUAUUGGCUCCAUAAGUAUAUAAUAGGUCGCGGGGGGGCAACCAUUAAAGAAAUUACACAAAACUUGCCAAAAGUACAUGUCGAGUUCACUGAUAAAAUAGACAAGAUCAAAAUUGAAGGUCCUCCUGAGGAAGUCGAGAAGGCACAGGAAGAAAUAGAAAAGAUGACUAGAGACCUAGUUGGUAGAAUGACUUUUUGUGAGAUGAAUGUUGAUCCAAAAUUAUUCAAGCACAUUAUUGGAAAGAAUGGUGCCAACAUCAAUAAAUUGAAAGAUGAAUUUAAAGUUUUAAUCAAUAUAGACAAGAGUGGUUUAGUCAGAAUUGAAGGUAAUAAAGAAGACGUAGCAAGCACAAAGACCGAACUUGAACAGAGAAUUUUCAAAUUGGAGAAUGAAAAAGAAAAAGAUGUGAUUAUUGAACAACGUCAUUAUAGAAAUAUCAUCGGAACCAAAGGUGAUAAUAUCAAGGAAAUAAGAGAUAAGUUCAACCAAGUACAAAUCUACUUUCCUGGUCCAGGAGACAGAAAUGACAUUGUUAAAGUGAGAGGACCAAAAGAAGACGUGGACAAGUGUGCAAGGUACUUAGAGAAGCUAGUAAAAGAACUAGGAGAAUCAUCAUAUCAAAUAGAAGUUCCAAUAUUCAAACAGUUCCAUAAGUUUAUAAUUGGAAAAGGUGGUGCUAAUAUUCGUAAAAUACGUGAAGAGACCAAUACGAAGAUUGAUUUGCCAGCCGAGGGUGAUAAAAAUGAUGUUAUAACAAUAACUGGUAAAAAGGAGAACGUUGAAGAAGCUCGUGACAAAAUACGUAAAAUACAAGAUGAGUUAGAGUCUAUUGUUAGUGAAGAAAUAACAAUUCCCCCUAAAUUCUACAAUUCAUUAAUUGGUGCUAAGGGCAAGCUCAUUCAUUCUAUAAUGGAGGACUGUGGAGGUGUUGCCAUUAAAUUUCCUACUGCUGACAGUAAAAGUGAUAAAGUCACGAUUAGGGGACCAAAAGAAGAUGUUGAUCGUGCUAAGCAGCAAUUGCUUGACUUGGCCAAUGAAAGGCAAUUGGCCAGUUAUAGUGUAGAGGUUCGUGCCAAAGCACAACACCAUAAGUUUCUUAUCGGUAAAAAUGGAGCUAACAUAAAAAAAAUUCGAGAUUCAACAGGAGCAAGAAUAGUUUUUCCAUCCAACUCCGACGAUGAUCGUGAAGUAAUCACCAUCAUUGGCAAAAAAGAAGCAGUUGAGGAAGCUAAAGCAGCUUUGGAAGCCACGAUUAAAGAUAUUGAUAACAUUGUAGAGAGUGAAAUGGAGGUGGAGCCACGCCACCACAAACACUUUGUUGCUCGCCGUGGGGAGGUUCUUCACAGAAUUGCUGAUGACUGUGGUGGAGUCACAAUAUCAUUUCCUCGUUCCGGUGUAGAAAGUAACCGUGUUGUUUUGAAAGGUUCUAAAGAAUGCAUAGAAGCUGCUAAAUUCAGAAUCAAUGAAAUCAUAUCAGAUCUUGAGUCAAUGGUUACUAUUGAGUGCAUUAUUCCUCAGAAACACCACAGGACUGUUAUGGGUGCUAAGGGUCACAAAGUUCAAGGCAUCACGUCUGAUUUUGAUGUACAAAUCAAGUUUCCAGAAAGGGACAACCAAGAGGAGUAUAUCAAUUAUGAGCAGGUCAAUGGUGAUAUUAAUGAAGAAACUGUUAGGCAGUGUGAUGUAAUAAAAAUAACUGGCAAAGAAUCCAAUUGUUACGAUGCAAAACAAGCUCUCCUAGAUUUGGUUCCUAUUACUAUUAGCGUUGACGUUCCUUUCGAUUUACAUCGAUCCAUCAUCGGACAAAGAGGGCGUGACGUCAAAGAUCUGAUGGAUAGGUUUGAUGUUCAUAUUGUUCUUUCUCCCCCUGACGUUAGAGAAAACAUAAUUAAAAUAACUGGUACGGUUUCCAAUGUUGAACGUGCAAAAGAAGCUCUUUUGGAAAGAGUGCAGGAAUUGGAAUUGGAGAGGAAAGAUCGUGAACUGCGGUCUUAUGCUUUACAGAUUGAAGUUAAUCCGGAAUAUCAUCCAAAGAUCAUUGGAAAGAAAGGAGCCAUCAUUACUAAGAUUAGAAAGGAUCACGAUGUACAAAUCAAUUUUCCCAAAAAAGGCGAUCCUGAUGAACACAUAAUUACAAUUACUGGUUAUGAGGAAAAUACCUACCGUGCCAGGGAAGAUAUUAUGAAGAUUGUGAAUGAAUUGAAUGAUUUGGUUAAGGAAGAGAUCAGUAUAGACUCUCGUGUCCAUUCACGCCUUAUAGGAGCCCGUGGUAGAAACAUCCGAAAAAUAAUGGAAGAUUACAAUGUUGACAUCAAGUUUCCAAGAAGCGAUGAUCCAGACCCAAAUUUGGUUAUCAUAUCUGGUCAAGAAGAAAAUGUUAUUGAAGCUAAAGAUCAUUUGCUUAAUUUGGGAGAAGAAUAUAUGCAAGAUUUUGAUGAACAACAAACUCGGGAAAGACAACACACUUUGAAUAUUCACUUUGAGUCACCUACCUCUCAAAAUACAAAUUCACGUGGAAGAGAAUUUGUAGUACAAGGAGGUCCGUGGGAACAAAGGGCUCCAAAUACAUCAAGUGUCACAGAAUUUCCAUCAUUUGGACGUAAUGUUCAAGAACCUCAGUCUGCUCCGUCUCCAGUUGGUGGAGCUUGGGGAGCUCGCCGUUAAAAACUGAUUCUUAUUAUUGCACUUGCCUUCUAUUUACAUGUAUUAUAGUUUAUUUGAAUUUCACUUUUACAUAAUUUUAUCCAGACUCAUAAUUUUUCAAUUCUAAACAUUCUUUUUGGGUUUCGGAUAGUUUGAGAUUUGAAUAUGAUGGAGGCGAAUUGUAUUUAAAAAAAAACACUGCCAAACAUGGAAAUGGAAGGUAGUGUCAAAAUGAGUUUGAGGUUAUGUUAAGAUACUAACCUUAGGAAUUAGUUUGUUGCUGAGACAACCCCUCUUCCCUCACUGUUUGCUGCAUUAAUUCUUAGGCCUGGCAACGACAAUGGACUCUCGACAUGGUAACUGAAAUAAAAUAAAACGCAAACUGUUUCUUUCAAGAUAUUAUGUCUUCCCUGAACCGGGCAGACGUUCGGCGGCCUAGCAUUGGCACUAAUAAUGUAGAGAUGUUAUGAUAUUUAUGAUUUUAUUUUAGUUAAUUGUAUAAGUUGUCUUCAUCUGUAUAUUUCGAUAGAUAUAAUUUAAGCCUAUAAUUAGGGCAAACACUUUAGAUGACCAGCUAAUGAACAAACUUGCUUGUUGAAUAAAUAUAGGUAAGUAAUCUAAUUGUAAACCACUCUCCUUAAAUUGAAAUUGUUCAUAAAUUUAAUGG